AUGCGGCUGCUGCUGCUCGCGCUUCUGCUGCUGGCCCCGGCGCCCGGGUCCUCGGCUCCCAGGGUGAGGCGGCAGAGUGACACCUGGAGCUCCUGGGGCAGCUGGAGCCCUUGCAGCCGGACCUGUGGAGGGGGCGUCAGCUUCCGGGAGCGCCCCUGCUACUCCCAGAGGAGAGAUGGGGGCUCCGGCUGCGUGGGCCCCUCCCGGAGCCACCGGUCUUGCCGCCCCGAGAGCUGUCCCGAUGGCUCCCGCGACUUCAGGGCGGAGCAGUGCGCCGAGUUUGAUGGCCAGGAGUUCCAGGGGCGGCGGUACAAGUGGCUGCCCUACUACGGCGCCCCAAACAAAUGUGAACUGAACUGCAUUCCCAAGGGGGAGAGCUUCUACUACAAGCACAGGGAGGCCGUCAUAGACGGGACACCCUGCGAACCUGGCAAACGGGACAUCUGCGUGGAUGGCAGCUGCCGGGUUGUCGGCUGUGACCACAACCUGGACUCGUCGAAGCAGGAGGACAGGUGUCUGCAGUGUGGUGGUGAUGGCACGACCUGCUACCCCGUCACAGGCGUCUUUGAUGCCAAUGACCUCAGCAGAGGCUACAACCAGAUCCUCAUAGUUCCCGUGGGGGCCACCAGCAUCCGCAUUGAGGAGGCGGCCGCCAGCAGGAAUUUCCUGGCGGUGAGGAGCGUCCGUGGUGAAUACUACCUCAACGGGCACUGGACCAUUGAGGGCGCCCGGGCCCUACCUGUGGCCAGCACCAUCCUGCACUAUGAGCGGGGAGCGGAGGGGGACCUGGCACCCGAGCGGCUCCAUGCCCGCGGCCCCACCUCGGAGCCCCUGAUCGUCGAGCUCAUCAGCCAGGAGCCCAACACUGGCGUGCGCUUCGAGUACCACCUGCCCCUGAGCACCCCCCGGCCUGGCUUCAGCUGGAGCCACGGCUCGUGGGGCGACUGCAGUGCCACGUGCGGUGGAGGUCAGCAGACCCGCCCGGUGUUCUGCACCAUCGACAGUGAGGUCUACCCCGGACACCUGUGCCGGCACCGGCCGCGGCCGGCUGACCGCCGCCCCUGCAGCCCUCAGCCCUGCCCACACACCAAGCGCUGGAAGACAGGGCCCUGGACGCCCUGCUCGGCCUCCUGUGAGGGCGGCUCCCAGUCCCGCACCGUCUACUGUGUCUCGUCUGAUGGCGCCGGCGUCCAGGAGGCUGCUGAGGACUCCGAGUGUGCGGCCCUGCCUGAGAAGCCCCCUACCACGCAGGCCUGCAACUUGCAGCGCUGCACAGCCUGGAGCGUGGAGCCCUGGGGCGAGUGCUCUCUCAGCUGUGGCGCUGGCGUCCGGAGGCGGACCGUCACCUGCCGGGGUGACGAGGGGUCUCUGCUCCACGCCACAGCGUGCUCCUUGGAGGACCGUCCCCCCCUCACUGAGCCCUGUGUGCAUGACAGCUGUCCCCCACUCAGUGACCAGGCCUGGCACGUAGGCGCCUGGGGUCUAUGCUCCAAGAGCUGCAGCUCGGGCACUCGGAGGCGCCAGGUGGUCUGCGCCAUUGGCCCACCCGGCCACUGCGGGAGCCUGCAGCCAUCCAGGCCUGCGGAUGUGGAGCCCUGUAACACGCAGCCCUGCCAUCUUCCUCCAGAAGUCCCCAGCAUGCAGGACAUGCACACCAGCCCCAGGGAACCGUGGAUGUCUCUGGGCCCACGGGAGGCCCCCGCCUCAGAUUUCAGAGACCAGUGGUGGGCACCCCAGGAGCAACCCUCAGCUCGGGGUAACCCCAGAGGCGACCACAGCCCACACCUGCCAGCCCCGGGCCCAGCCCUAUCUCUGCGGCACUCCUCACACCAGCAGCCCCUGCGGUCUGGCUUGGGGUCCCGUGACUGCAGACACAGCCCCCAUGGGUGCUGCCCCGAUGGCCACACUGCGUCUCUUGGGCCGCAGUGGCAAGGCUGCCCGGGGGCCUCAUGUCAGCAAAGCAGGUUCGGGUGCUGUCCUGACGGGGUGUCUGUGGCUGAGGGGCCCCAUCAGGCUGGCUGUGCGAGCUCCUAUGGACGCAACAACACCGGGAGCAGGCUACAGUCGAGAGAGGAGGCUUCCACGGCCCAGCAGAACGAGCCCAGUGAGUGCCGGGGCUCCCGGUUCGGCUGUUGCUACGACAACACGGCCUCUGCGGUGGGCCCUCUUGGGGAGGGCUGUGUGGGCCAGCCCAGCUACAUGUACCCCGUGCGGUGCCUACUGCCCAGCGCCCAUGGCUCCUGCACGGACUGGGCCGCCCGCUGGUACUUCAUCGCCUCCGUGGGCCGGUGUAACCGCUUCUGGUAUGGCGGCUGCCACGGCAAUGCCAAUAACUUUGCCUCAGAGGAGGCGUGUGUGAGCAGCUGCCGGGGGCCCCAAAAUGGGCCCCGCCAACGCGACCCCGGGGCCUCUGGCCGAAGCACCCAUAGAGGCAGAGGCGGCAGCGGUCCUGGGGACCAGCAGGAAGCCAGCCGGCGCGGGACGGGGCCUGUUGUCCAGAGAAAGCCCUCGCCUUCCGGUGGCCUCUGGUGGCGAGAUCAAGAGCCUGGGCCGGGGGCCGUGGACCACAGACAGGCCUUGGGAGAAGGGCCCCCGGGCCAGGAGCUUGGGCCCAGUGCCGCUGGACUGGGAGGAGACGCGGAACCACCAGCACCACCUUCCCACAGCUCCUCCUACAGGAUCACCCUGGCAGGCUCGGAGCUCUCCCUGGUACAGGUGGCCCUGGGGCAGCUGGUGCGGCUCUUCUGCCCAGAUGACAGCUCCCUGGACCCCCACGCCAGGUGGCAGAAAGACGGGCGGCCCAUCUCCUCUGCCAGGCACCAGCUGCAGCCCGAUGGCUCCCUGGUCAUCAGCCCCCUGCGGGCAGAGGAUACUGGCACCUACAGCUGUGGCAGCACCAGGCCAGACCGUGACUCUCAGAAGAUCCAGCUUCGCAUCACAGGGGGUGAUGUGGCCGUGCUUCCUGAGGCUGAACCAAGGCACUUCCCUCAGGCCAGGGACCCAGCCCAGGGCCACAGUCCUCGGGACCCCAGCCUAGGGGGCGGUUCUGGGGGCCGGGGGGCCGUCUCCUCCUCGCACCCGCGGCCCACGAGCAGGCUGCAUCUGGACCGGCACCAGCCUGGGGUGGUGGACGCCCAUCCAGGCCAGCAGAUCCGGCUGACCUGUCGUGCCGAGGGCUUCCCACCCGCAAGCGUCGAGUGGCAGAGAGAUGGGCAGCCCCUCUCUUCUCCCAGACACCAGCUGCAGUCCGACGGCUCCCUGGUCAUCAGCCGCGUGGCUGUGGAAGAUGGAGGCUUCUAUACCUGUGUUGCAGUCAACGGGCAGGACCGAGACCAGCACUGGGUCCAGCUCAGAGUUCUGGGGGAGCUGACAAUCACAGGGCUGCCCUCUACGGUGAUGGUGCCAGAAGGUGACACGGCCAGGCUGCUGUGUGCGGUGGCGGGCGAAAGCGUGACCAUCAGAUGGUCCAGGAACGGGCUGCCGGUGCGGGCUGAUGGCCACCGUGUCCACCAGUCCCCGGAUGGCACACUGCUGAUCCACAACCUGCGGGCCAGGGACGAGGGCUCCUACACAUGCAGCGCCUACCGUGGAAGCCAGGCGGUCAGCCGCAGCACCGAGGUGAAGGUGGUCCCGCGGGCACUGGCCACCGCGCCGAGGGACCCCGGCAGGGAGUGCAUCGACCAGCCGGAGCUGGCCAACUGUGAGUUGAUCCUGCAGGCCCGGCUCUGCGGCAACGAGUACUACUCCAGCUUCUGCUGUGCAAGCUGUUCCCGUGUCUAGCCUCCCGCUCAGCCCAUCUGGCAGCAAGGAUACAACUCAGAGGGCUGGGAGAAGGGAAGACAGGCUCUCGGUCUCCCCCGUGUGGCUGGCAAAGGGAGUUCUCCGGAGACACUGGCCUCUUCAAAGCUGCUCCAGCUGUUGGGCACCAGCGGCAGCCUCCCUCUGGAGUCCCAGCAGUGUUGGCUUCUCUGACGUGCCACACGCGCCUGCUGAGUUGUCAAGAAAAAGCAUCUAUUUGGAUAAGGACACCCUUCACUUUACAACUUGCCUCUAAAAUUUUUUAUACAGGAUCAGUUCACUGUGUU